GUAUUUUCUCGUUCUCUUUUGGUAGAAUUUAGUGGUUUUUAACCUCCACAAGCAGUAGAUUAGUUAAAUAAAAUCUGGUCACACUGUUCUGAAUAUUCUGAUGUCAAAUUUGUUGUCUUUUGUGAAAUAGGAAAUUCCUAUGAGGGAUUUGUAAUUGCUAUUUGUAUAUCAACAAAUUAUUUUCAUUUAUAUUACACUAUAAAGUGUUAAAAAUGAAUCGAUUGUUUGGUAGAGGAAAACCAAAAACUCCAGGCCCAAGUAUUACGGAUUGUAUAAACAAUGUCGACAGCAGGGCUGAUAAUAUAGAGCAGAAAGUGCAAAAAUUAGAUACAGAGCUAAGAAAAUAUAAAGAGCAAAUGGCUAAAAUGAGAGAGGGACCUGCUAAAAACUCUGUCAAACAAAAGGCCAUGAGAGUCUUAAAACAGAAAAAGAUGUAUGAACAGCAACUGGACAACUUAAGAGCCCAAUCAUUUAACAUGGAACAAGCAAAUUACGCUACACAGACUUUAAAGGAUACCCAUUCCACAAUAGCUGCUAUGAAGGAUGGAGUAACUUCCAUGAAAAAAGAAUUUAAGAAAAUCAAUAUUGAUCAAAUUGAGGAUGUAAAUGAUGAUUUAGCUGAUAUGCUGGAGCAAGCGGACGAGGUACAAGAAGCUCUUGGACGUCAAUAUGGUAUGCCAGAGAUGGAUGAUGAUGAACUAGCCGCUGAGCUUGAUGCAUUGGGUGAUGAAAUAGCCCUAGAUGAUGAUACGUCAUAUCUAGACGAUGUUGUCAAAGCCCCAGCGGCCCCCGACAAGGAACCAGGCGCGGAUAGUUUGAGGAACAAAGAUGGCGUUCCGGUCGACGAGUUCGGAUUGCCUCAAGUACCGAAUGCCGCGCAAACUUCACGCUAAUAAUUAUAAAGCUCCGUCAUUUUGUUUUAACAGAUUAUAUAUACAGCUUUGUUCGGGCGAAUUUUAUUUUUAUUACUUUUUUACAUAGACAAUUAAAUAUAUUUAUGAACAAACCUAACGCCUUUGUUUAUUAACGCUAUGAUCUAAAGUUAUGUGUAUGUGUUAUAUGUAAUUUUAAAAAGUAUUUUAUAAAGUGAUAGUUUUUUUGAGUAAUUAUACUGAAUAUGAAUUCAC